AUGUCCGUACAUUUGCAAAAACGGCGUGCAACAGUCAAGGACACCUCUACCUUCGAUACCCUCCGGCGGUUGCGAGAAACUGGAGGAUCUCGUUUAAUGGAAUAUGAGGUCAAAGAGGAAGACGCGAUUUAUAUAGAGGUGAACGAAGAAGAAUAUCAAUCUCAUAUUCGUGAAGAGUUGAAAACAAAUGAUUUUAUCGAGGAUGAUGAUGGAAAGGCCCAUUUAUAUGCGGAAGAUGAUUUGGGAAAAGAAUAUUCAGAAGAAUCGGAAUUAGAAUCAGACUAUGAUGAAUCUCCAACAAAAGAUGGGAAAAGGAAAAGAACAAGGAAAAUAGAAGAGAAAUCAUCCAAUCUAGUUAAGCCAGAACAACGGAUCAAUAAUUUCUUUCAACGAGCAGCCACACAAUUAUUAAAACCAAAGACGGUUAAGACAACGGAAGAAGAAAGAGCCUUUAUGACAAGUCUUUUGCAAGAAUUAGAUGACGAAACAGGCGAUCAAGAUCUAGAUGUCAUGCAGAUACCAACUACAUAUAGCCAUGACACUUAUAAGGAGUACGAAGUCGGAAUAUCAUCGCAAAUCAGCGAUAUUAUUAUGAAUGAUUUAAGCGACCAAAAUUAUUCAACAGAAGAUAAUAAUAUGCAUUUUGGUCAGCCUUCGAUAGACGAGAAAACUGCUCUAACGGAAACUAGUCCUAUGGAGUUAGUUAACGACAAUUAUCAGGAUAUAGAUUGGUUUUCAGGUGCUGAAAUUGAAUGCGACAACCACGUUCACGUUAUGGAUGUCACGAAAGUUAAUGCUAUUAAUCCAAAAGAUCAAGAAACACGAAUUACUCAUAAUCACAACGAUUCUUAUUCUCAUUCAAGUCAACAUUCUGUGAGCGAGAAAAUCGUUCCUAAGAGAACUGAUCAUAUAGAAUUAGUUCACAACAAUCAACAAAACUCAAAUCGUUUCACAGAUGAAGAAAUUAUGUAUACUGAUUAUGCCCACAUUAAUGAUGACAUGAAUACCGAUAGCAUUAAUCCUCAGAAAGAUCAGGAAAUCGAUAAUGAUACCAAUACUGGUGAUAGCACUAAAUUUUACUGGAUUGACGCAUAUGAAAAACAGGGAAUUGUUUAUUUAUUCGGAAAGUCUUCUGCUCUUGAAUUGUUUUUGGUCAAGAGAAAAAUUAGGGGUCCGUGCUGGUUGGAGAUCAAAAAUGCUCAGAUCGAACAGAAAAAGAUUUCCUGGUGCAAAGUCGAACUGACUGUUGAAAAUCCUAAGUGUAUAAAUCCAGUGAGUGAAGUAGAUUUGUUGGAGCCAUUAAAGCCUCCACCGUUGAGGAUCAUGUCAUUGAGCCUGCGUACCGUGAUGAAUCACCAGAAACACGUUAAUGAGAUAGUGGCGUUCAGUGCGCGAGUUUACUCGAAAGUUUUUUUGGAUGGACCAAUCUCGGCUAUGAAUCUUCAGAGUAAUCAAUUUACUUCUGUUCGCCAAUUAAACGAUAAGCCGUGGUGGCCAAUUAAAUUCGAAGAAAUGGUGAAAAAAAGGAAAAAUCAAUUGCACCUAACACUGGAAAAAACAGAAUUUUCUUUACUAAACCGAUUAUUAGCUAUCUUAAAACAGAAUGAUCCUGAUGUUAUUGUUGGGCAUAAUUUUAUCGGAUUUGACUUGGAUGUUUUAUUACAUCGCAUGAAGAUGCUAAAGAUAAAAGAUUGGUCUUCGCUUGGAAGGCUUCACAGACAAACGUUUCCGCUACUCCAUGUUGGAAAUAGUAAGGAUGACUUUUCUUCUUCAUUUGUGGAAAGGGACAUCGUAAGCGGUAGAUUGAUUUGCGACACAUAUCAAUCGGCGAAGGAAUUCAUUAAAUCCAAAAACUUCUCAUUGACGGAACUCGUCUCAUCACAUCUGAAAGUAACUAGGAAAGAUGUUGAUUAUGAAAGAAUUGCUUCCAAUUAUGAUUCAGCCGAAGCUUUGUACGAUAUGAUACUCCACUGUCGUUAUGACUCUAUUCUCACUUCAGAGCUAAUGUUUAAGCUUCAGCUACUUCCGCUAACCAAACAACUAACAAAUUUAUCCGGUAACGUCUGGUCUAAAACUCUUAAUGGAGCUAGAGCAAAUCGUAAUGACUAUCUUUUACUACAUGAAUUCCAUAAGCUCAAAUAUAUUUGCCCGGACAAAUAUUCACACAAAUCAAAAUCAAAGGCUAUUAUGGGAGAUGAAGACGAGGAUGAAAAUAUAAAAGGAACACGAAAAAAAUCAACCUAUGCUGGUGGUCUUGUAUUAGAUCCGAAGUCCGGAUUCUAUGAUAAAUUUGUCGUGUUAUUGGAUUUCAACAGUUUAUAUCCGUCAAUUAUACAGGAAUACAACAUUUGUUUUACUACUGUUGCACGAACCGGGCCGAGAAGUGAAGAUCAAGUUCCAGAGGUUCCAGAUGCUGAUGAGAGUCAAGGAGUUCUUCCUAAAUUAAUUGCAAAUUUUGUUGAGAGAAGAAGACAGGUCAAGAAAUGUAUGAAUGAUCCCAAUAUUUCUACCAGUGAGCGUGAUCAAUAUGAUGUACGCCAGAGAGCUCUUAAACUCACAGCGAAUAGUAUGUACGGUUGCUUAGGAACCAAAUUUUCUAGAUUUUACGCAAAGCCUUUAGCCAUGUUAAUUACGUCAAAAGGCAGAGAAAUUUUGCAAAAUACUGUUGAAUUGGCGGAAAAUGAAAACAUGCAGGUUAUAUAUGGUGACACAGAUUCUAUUAUGAUAUGUACUAACGCGUCAGAAAUAAAAGAAGCUAUGGAAGUAGGAAGGAUACUGAGGAGGAAAGUGAAUGAACGUUACAAGUUGAUCGAGAUUGAAAUAGAAGGUUUCUUUGAGAAACUUUUACUCCUCAAAAAGAAAAAAUAUGCCGCAAUAAAAUUAGAAAUAGACGAGGUUACUGGUAGAAUGAAAAGUCGUGUCCCUGAAACAAAAGGUCUUGAUUUAGUUAGGCGCGAUUGGUGUGAACUGGUUAUAGAUGCCUCACAUUAUGUUUUGGAUCAAAUUUUAUCUGAAUUUGAUCGAGAAGUUGUUUUAGGAAACAUACAUGAAUAUAUGUCAAAAUUGGGACGUGAUGUACGAUCAGGAAAAUUUCCGAUUAACAAAUUCAUUAUUCACAAGGUUCUCGCGAAAGCACCCGAAGAUUAUCCUGACGCAAAAAGUCAGCCACAUGUACAGGUUGCAUUACGAAUGAAAAAAAGAGGACUCAGCGCGCGACAAGGGGAUACAAUCCCAUAUAUCAUAUGCAAGAAGAUUGAAGAAGGAAGCGCUUCCAAUAGUCUUUUCGAAAAAGCAUUUCACCCAGACGAAAUUCGUCACGAUGCCAAUUUACAAAUCGAUUCUGAGUGGUACUUAACACAACAAGUACAUGCCUCGGUUACUAGAUUAAUUGAACCUAUUGAUGGAACAGAUGGUGCGCGUAUUGCGGAUUGUCUAGGUAUCGAUUCAUCCAGAUCUUCGAACACCCCGUCUACUUUCCGCACUUUUGAAUCGCGAAUUUCCAAUGAAGAGCGUUUUAAAAAUGUUGACAAAUUUAAUUUAAAAUGUACUACGUGCAAGCAAUCAUCCAUUUAUGAUGGAACAAAAUCUGGACAUCAACUCGAUGCGUCAGGAAUCAUCUGCGGAAAUGUUGAUUGCAAAAAAGUUCUUCCUCUACCAUCAAUAUUGACUCAACUUACAUGUAACAUUCGAUCGCACAUAAAAAGAUAUUAUGACGGUUGGCUUGUGUGCGAAGAAAAAGGGUGUGGGUAUCGAACAAGGAUGAUCACUGCGAAAAGAAAAUGUAUUAUUCAUGGAUGUUAUGGAGUAAUGAUAAAUGAGUAUUCAGAAUCUAUGCUGCAUUCGCAAUUGCUUUACUAUUCACAUUUAUUUGACGUUGAUAAAAUAAGAAUUUCGCCGAAUGAUGAAUAUCCGUCUGUAGCAAAAUAUUGGUGCGGCAAGCCUUAUAUUCCGAAAAAUAAAUUAUUCAAAAAUAUUCAAAAAUUGAGGCGAGACAUUAAUCAAUGCAGCAAAAGAGCAACACUUGACUCGACAGAAAAUGGUAAUGAUUCUUUUUCAUCAGUGAAACCUUCAACAAUUAGACUUCCGCCAACAUGCGAGCCAAUCCCUAUCGUACCGAAUCUGAGCAAUGGAUACACUGCUACGUUUCGUAAUCAACCUUAUCUGAGUACUGAUUCGAUUGGUUCAUUGUUGGUUACUGUGACCAACACUACUCCGGAUAUUGCUGUCAAAGCUUCAUUGGAUGAUGGAACGGAAAUACUUGCGGCAACUAGAAUCAACAUUGAAGAAAAUGUGAUCGAAGUGCCCUUUUCAAUUGCAAAGAUCGUACCAAAAUUGAAGGCGUAUGAUGUUGAAAUUUCAUUUCAUACUGAGGACGAUGACAUAUCGCUUCAUACUACAUAUUCAAAACUUUAUCGUCUUCCCGCAGGCCCAAAGACCGUCAAGGUCGAUCGGCUAUACGGUGGAAUUUUUACUUCAACAAAUAAAACUAUUUUCCCCGUCGGCCCAUAUGUUGAUGUUGGUGGAUGGCUGGCAAAAGGGAAUAUUCGAGCCAAUCUCCAAACCCUUAAGGACCUGAAUUACAAUAUCAUCAACCCCGACCCCCCCUACCCAAACAUUUCAUUCAUUCAUCAAAUGUUUCAAGCUGCUGACGCAAUAGGCGAACUCUAUAUUCAAUAUUCAUUUCGACAUGAUUAUACUGAUACUCAAAAAGUUAUCGACCAAGUAAACCAAUUUAAGAAUUAUUCAAGUUUACUUACGUGGUAUAUAGCAGACGAACCAGAUGGUGAACAAUGGAUAAAUACUUCGGCAGUUUUUGAAGCAUAUGAAGUUAUAAAAAGAGUAGAUCCGUAUCACCCUGCUGCUCUGGUGUUAAACUGCCAACAUAGUUCCGCAUUCUAUGCGGAUAGUACUGAUAUAUUAAUCACUGAUGUCUAUCCGGUUGGUAUCAAUACAUACCACUGUACUGAAUAUAGUGGUGUGUGUGGCUGUGAUAAUUGUGUUGGAAAUUUCUCCAUCGAUAUCCCUAAACGAACUAAAAAAUACAUGGCAGAUUUGAAUCUCAUUGGGCGUGAAUUAAUUGUGAAAUGGAUGGUGCUUCAAGCUUUUUAUGACCAAAAUUCUUGGUGGGAGAGAUCACCAACUCUUCAUGAAAUAAGAGCCAUGUGGUACAUCUCAAUAAUAUCCGGAUAUAAGGGACUCAUGUUUUGGCGAUUUCCUUUUAUUCUCGAGCAUUCAAUCAAUGAUCAAAUUACAACUCUGAGCAAAAGAACUAAAGAUCUUUCAGAUUAUAUGCUUUCAAUGUCACAAUUGCCGCCUUCUCAUAUAAUAAUCUCACCUGAUUGUAAUAUUAAUGUUGGUGGAUGGAUAUCGGGAGAUCAAAAGACCUUUUUGUUGAUUAUGGUCAGUGGUAGUGAAGAAUUUCUUAAAAUUAAAAUAACUAUUAAGGAUUUGAUCUCCUAUGGUUUUCUAUAUGGAGUUGGCGAGACGGAUCGCGAGAAAGAAAGUCAAGUUUUCAUUGAGAAUGGUAUAUUUGAAGGCAAUUUGAAAGCGUAUGAAGUCGGAAUUUUUAUAUUUAAAAGAUAA